AUGACGUCGAUGGCGUGUCGCGCCGCGCCUCCGUGGCCGCUUGGUGGCGCCCUGCGUGUGGGAGUGUGGUGGACGGCCUCGUUGUCUUCUCGCCUUCCGCACAUCCGGGCGCGUCACGCGUUUUUUCUCGUCCCAUUUGUGUCCUUUAUCUUCUUGUCUGUGGGUCUCCUCUCCCUGACGUCCCCGUCUUUCUUUUUCUCUCCUCUUUCCGCCGCCGCGCGGCUCGCGCUGCCUCUCGCAUCCCCCUCUGCGCUUCCGUCCUCCCUGCCGGUCUUCCUGUGUGUCGUCGCGCUGCUCCUGCUGGUGUCGCUGGAGAUCUACACGUUUGCACGUUUCGCGGCGGUCGCGUCGUGGCUCGAGGACCUGCCCUUCUACCGGCCGCUCCCCGACAAGAAGUACCUUUCCUUCAUUCUCCGCGCCUGCGUCCACUACCCCUGCGCCCGCCUCCACGCGACACUUGUCUCCGAAAAGGAGGAAAGCCACGCAGCAGCCGCGGGCGAGCCACGAGAAGGGGACGACCUGCCGCGCAGAGGAGCUGCGGCGGUCGCCGCGAGGCUGCUGCUCUCGUCCGUCGGGCAGCCCCGGGCCGCGGCGGGCGGCGGAGAGAACGGCAACGAGAGCCAGACUGGAGAUCAGCCGAGCCCCCCGCAGCUCCGGGGAGAGGAAAGCUUCCUCCGGCCGACAGGCGAGGCGGCUGCGUCUCAGCGUGUCCCCGAAGAGCCGCGAGCAGACGAAUCCUCUGCGUGCGUGAACGACGCCGAUCCGGCUUUUCUUCAGCCUGCGCCGUCCUCGGCGUCCUCGCCGCGGCGUCUGGACUCUCUGGAGGCCGACGCCGCGCCUUCCGAGUCUUGCUCGCACGCGCUGCGCUGUCCUCUGUCUGCUCAGUUUCUGGCUUCGCCUCGCGCUUUGGCACCUUCGCCCUGCAGCUCGCCUGCUUUCUGCGCGUCUGUCGCGGACGACAGCACCCGGGCGACGGCGCUGAGCUGCAGCGGGGCGGCGCCAUCCCCGUGCUGCGGCCACGCCUCCUGGGCCCAGCCGCCGCAUGCGUUGACGCCGUCGCCUUCUGUGAGAGUUCCAGGCGUCCCGCCGGUGCCCCCGAAGCGCUCGGCCCCGGCGAGAAGAGCCUCGCCUCAGGUGCGGAAGGGCGACAGAGAGGACGCCAGCGACGGCGCGGCCGCAGACGGCGGCUUGGGGGAGGCAGACAAGCGCGCGUCUGAAGUUGCGGAGGGCGGAGCCGGGACGGAAGUUCUCGCAGAGAUUGCGUCGUGUGAUCCCGAGGCUCUGGGGAAGAUGCCUCUCUCGGAGGCCGGGCAAAGCGAGGCGCGCGGUCUUCUCUUCAGCCAUCCCCAAGAAGUGUUGGCUUCCAUGCUGUAUUACGCCUUCUUCACACGCGUCCACCCCACAGAAGUCUCUGUCGGUCUCCUCGCCUCCUGGCUGCAGGCUCACACGCAGAUCUCGCUCGCGGAGUGCCGCGCGGCCAUUCGCCAGAUUCAGGCGCGGGGCAGCUUCCGCUUCCUCCUGGACGACGCAGAAGAGGCAGAAGAAGGGUGCGGCGACGACGAAGAUGGAGGAGACAAAGGAUCGCACCCGCUUUCGUCGCUGCCCGCGACCUCAGGUUCUCGCGCCGCGUGCCACUCUGUUUCGUCUUCGUCCACAGCCUCCGUCGCCUCCUCUGGUGUGUCUACUCCGAUACCUCUCCCUUCGCGGACGCGUCCAGCGGGCUCGCUCCUUAUUCCGGCCUCUUCGUCCUCUCCUGCGUCGCAUGUUUCGAAAGCCGUGUCGUCGUCCGCAUCACCGGCAUCUGCCUCCUCAGCAUAUGUGGCCUCAGCAUGUACCGCCUCGUCUCCCUCGCACCUCUCUGCGUCGGUGUCCGCCUCUUCUGCGCCCGUGCGGACGAGUAUCGAGGCCAUUCAGGGCUGGCUCUACGGCGCUGCGCCGAUUCUUCCGCAUUACCGUCCGCUCCUGUUCCAAGUUCUCGUGGAUUUCUCUCAUUUUCUCCUCCGCCUGUGUCUACGGCAGCUGGGCUUCGUGUCCGUCGGGCCUCGCUGUGCGUGUCGCGUGUGCAGCAGCACGCUCGAGGGCUGCGAGCGGCGGCAGCGCCCGGAUGAGCGUCUCUUCCAGAGCCUAGGCGUCGAUUUCCUUGGUCGCAAGCGAGCGGCGCAGGCCGUCGGCGACAUGCCAGCGGCCGCGAACGAGGCGGAGGCCGCGCUCGGCGGCAGGCCAGAGUUCGCGGCAGGGCUCGGCGACGACGAGACGAGUGGCGAGGACGAAGCCGCGAUGCUGGAGGGCGGCCUCAAGUCGGUGCGCUUCUUUGUCUAUCUGCCUGCCGCGAUGGUGUCUGCGUCGCCUGAAGCCGCCUCGGGUGCGGCCUCCGCCUCGCCUCCGCCUGCUGCGGCCGCUGCGCAGAGCGGAGUGAGGCCGCCGGUCGUCCUCGUUCACGGAUUCGGAUUCGGCUUGCUGCCCUAUGUCCUGCAUGCGUUUCUCCUCGCGCUGCGGCAGCGCUUCUUCACCGCGCCGGACGACCGUCGGCCGAUCAUCCUUCUCGAAUUCGCCUGGCUGGGCCUUGACGGGCAAGGCGCCGAAGUGAUGCGGCAGGCGCGCCGCAUCGAGGCGGUCCGGGCGCGACUCCGAGACUGCCUGCACCGCACGAGAAAGAGGGAGGAGAGGAGUCCCCCAGAGCGCCAAGGAGCGCCCCCAGAGGCGGCGCGUGAGGCAGGAGAACCGAGGGAACGCAGAGACGAAAAGGACCUCGUCCGCAGAUACUGCAGCGCCCAGCGAGAAGCGGACGACGUGGCAGCAGAUGCGCCUCAACGCCAGCGCGAAAGAGCCGAGUCAACCGAUGCGGAUUCCGAAGACGCGGGCGCGGAGGACGACGAAGCAUGCCUGCCUCCGCCUCUCCUGUGGACCGACAUCGUCCCGAUCAUGCCUGCAGUCUGUCGAGCUCUCGCAGAUUUCUUGGAAGACCUUCACCGGGCGCAGCUCGCGAGUCUCCGCCGCGCGCGGGCGCAGGGUGGCGACGCCCAGGCGCCUGAAGCAGUGGCCUUCGAGAAGGAGGGAGACGCCGAGGCGGGCUAUCUGGAGCGCUGCGGGGUGAAAGUUGACGUCAUCGCGCACUCGUACGGUACAGGCAUUACAUCCUGUCUGAACAUGCGCCACCCGUCUCUGCUGCGUCGCUGCGUCCUCGUCGACCCAAUCUGCUUCUUUCCGAACUGCACGGUCAAGGCGCAGCUCGUCCACAGUCAACCCUGGGAGGUUCGGCUUCUCUCGCGGCACGAGGCGAGCGCGCGCAGCCUCCUGGAUUCGGCUGCCGAUGACACCGCCAGGCCCCAGCGACCCGCGACCGAGCGAUGGUGCUCAGAAGAAGGGCGCGCGGCUCCACAGGACCAUCGCGAGCCGGGCGCGAGAGGUGCAGCAGCAGGGCGCCUCGCAAACGACGACACACUUUUCCAGACGAGCGAGGCGGAUUCGGCAGAUGCGCUCAAGCGGAAAGACGAGGCCUCCGCUGGAGCGGCAGAGGGGCGAGCCUCGGCCGGUGGGGGGGCUGCGAACGCGUUCAGCAUCACGCGUUGUGCGGCUGCGUCCUCUUUCUCCUUGUCUAGGCUCUUGUCUGCUUUCAGCUGGACAUCCGCGGCGGCGGAAGAGGGCGGCGGCGCGAGGAGGUGGGAGCAGCUGAAGGUCGCCCUCCGCGUGCGGAUUCUGCGCGCCAUCGACCGUUUCGCGCUCUUCUUCUACUGGAUGGUAGUCUACCGCGAGCUUGGGACGCGCAUUACCACUUCGCGGCAGCUCCAGGGGCACGAGUACCUCGAUCGCGGGGGGCUGCUGCGGCUGGAGGAGCGGCUGAUGGUCGUGUUGGGCGGCUUCGACUUGAUUUCGCCGGCCGAUAACGUGAAAGCCUUCAUCGACCUCGUUGCGCCCGCCGUAAAGUGUCUGUACUGCCCCGGGGCACACCACGGGGUCGUCGCCUUCAUGCCGCCUGUGCUGGCGGCCAUCGAGCGAUUUGUGUCUUCGUGA